UGGUAUCUCGUCUUUACAUCUCUGUGAGAAGAAUCAACAUGUCUCAUCACUCCAUCCUUGGGAUCUCUGGACACAAGCACUUCAGCUCCUGUUCAAUAGCUUCACCUAAACAUGGGAGCUCACAGCACACAUUCUCUCACUCCUCCAAAUCUUCAAAUCAUGGUAACAAGUCAAUGCAUUGCUUUAGUAGCAGAAGUGCCUGUGGUAUGGGUUCCAAAGGACACAAGAAGUCACUGGGGAGCUUUUAUUCUGGGAAAAAUGGACACGCAUCUGGGCAUGGAUUUGGACAUGGAGGUAUUGGAUUUGGGGGAUCAGCAUGUUCUGGAGGCAUCAUCCCAGUUUCCAUAAAUCAAGGUCUUCUGGCCCCUCUCAACUUGGAGAUUGACCCAAGCAUCCAGAGAGUGAGGACUGAUGAAAGAAAUCAAAUUAGGGGUCUGAAUGACAAAUUUGCUUCUUUUAUUGACAAGGUGAGAUUACUGGAACAACAAAAUAAAAUGUUGGAGACUAAGUGGGCUCUCUUACAAGAACAAAAAACUGCCCAUUAUCAAAUUGAACCCCUGUUUGAAGCUUUUAUCAGUAACCUUAGGAGACAACUGGGAAACCUGGGAUGUGAAAGAGAACGUCUAGAAGGAGAAAGGAACAGCAUGGAACAAUCUGUGGAAGAACUAAGGAGAAGGUAUGAAGAAGAAGUGAACAGACGCACCGCGGCAGAAAAUGAGUUUGUUGGACUAAAAAGGGAUGUAGACGCAGCUUUUAUGAACAGAGCUGAGUUACAAGGAAAGGCUGAUUCUCUGACUGAUGAGAUCAACUUCCUGAGGACUCUGUAUGAUGCGGAAAUUUCCCAGCUCCAGGCUCAGAUCUCAGACACCUCAGUGGUUGUGUCCAUGGAUAACAGUCGGGAUCUGGACCUGGAUGGAAUCAUUGCUGAGGUCAGAUCUCAAUAUGAGGACAUUGCUAACAGGAGCAGGGCUGAGGCGGAGGCUAUGUACCAGUCACGGUUUGAGGAGCUUCGCACAGCUGCAGGAAGAAAUGGGAAUGAGCUGCAGAGCAGCCGAGAUGAGAUCUGUGAGCUGAACCGAGCAAUUCAAAGAAUGAAGGGAGAGAUUGACAGUGUGAAAGCUCAGCGCUCUGCACUUGAAUCUGCAAUAAAUGAAGCAGAGGAACGUGGAGAAUCUGCUGUCAGAGAUGCCAAGAACAAACUGUCCGAGCUGGAAGGCGCUCUACAGAAGGCCAAGCAAGACAUGGCUCGCCAACUGCGAGAAUACCAGGAGCUGAUGAAUGUGAAACUGGCUCUGGAUAUUGAGAUUGCCACCUACAGGAAGAUGCUGGAAGGAGAAGAGGGCAGUGUGAGCAAGGCUAGAUUAUCCCAUAUGUCAAAAGUGUCAAUUAAUUUUAGCUGGAGCAAUUUAGGACCCCGGCAUUGA